UCUUCACAGUUUAAAAACAUAUGUAUCUUUGUCUUGUUUACAAACUCUAACUUAAGUGUUGUUAUUGUUUUAUGGGGUUAUAAGUGAUAUUUUUUCCUCCCAUAUGUUAGGCAUACGCGUUUCGUAUUCACGUUUGUUAAUUUAAGCGGGUACAUAAAACACAAGUUAAGCCCACUUAAGCAUAUAUUUCAUGUUUAUCCACGAUGGAAAUUGUUUUACAAUUUCUCGAUAAAUAUAUGGGUUUAGUACACGUGAGCAGACCUUACUUGUGAUACCUCUUUAUUAGAUUAUUAUUAUAGUUAACUUUCAAGUUGUUUUAAGUACAAAAUUGUACUAAAUAUGUUACCGUCCAUGUAUUCGAUACGGUAUAAAAUUGUUUUCAUUGUGUUAGCUUUAUCUCUGUUAUGGCUACUGUUGAGAAUGCUUCCAGGUUCUCAAGUACCCACUGAUGAGGCAGAGAUGGUGGUGGCUAAGAAGCAGCACAUACAGGCGCCCACAGAGCCCCCUGUCACGCCCGUGGAAGUGGCCGUUUUCUACGAGGCGUUGUGCCCUGACUCCCGCAGCUUCGUCCUGAAGCAACUGCUGCCUACGUUCGAGAAAGUUCCCCGCCUCGUCACCAUCAAGCUGAUACCAUAUGGGAAAGCUAAGACAAACUCCGUGGGGACAGGCUACACAUUCACGUGCCAGCACGGCCCCAUAGAGUGCGAGGCGAACAAGAUACACGCGUGCGCCAUCGCGACGGUGCGCGACACAGAGACCCUGCUCAGGUACAUCGGCUGCAUGAUCGACGACAACCUGAACCCCUCGGAGGUCGGCCAGAAGUGCGCGGAGGACUGGAAGGUGGACUGGAAGGCCGUGUAUGCGUGCGCGAUGGGGCCGGAGGGAGAGAAGCUUCUGAAGCAGCACGGCGACUCAACCUUCGCACUCAGGCCGGGCGUGUCUUUCAUCCCGACUGUUCUGUUGGGCAAGAGCCAAGAUAAACAGCCAGCGAUUUUAAAAAAUUUACUGAAAGAAGUGUGUUCAAAAUUUAAGGACCAGUCGGUCAAAGAGUGCAUGUGACCACCAUGCCCAUGCAGUUCCGUGCAGGUAAACUCUUCGGCGAGCAGGGAAGAGUUUUAUCGGCAAUCGUCCUGGCCAGCCACUUUGCACAGUGGCUACACACUGUUGUCACUCCUACCAGUUUUUAUAUCGUAUUCUACUUACUUCUUAUCAUAAUGUGAGUUUGUCCCCAGUUCAGUGCUGGGGGCUGUUGUAUCUAGAGAGCACUAAGAACAAAUCAAAAUACGGGGGCAUAAUUUUUGCUGUGCUGCACCGUUGCAAGAACAAACUGAAAUUUCACUUGUACCUGUUGUUUUAUGUCCGUAAACAGUAUAGGAUAAAAUAUUUUUUAUUAUUUUACUAAAUACUCAACAAUUCAUAAUUUCUAUGUGUUAUUGGUUUUAUUUUCAAAAUCUACAUGCUUUAAAAUGUUAAAAAAAAUUACCUUAGAACCUGUAUUUUACAUUUUUCAAGGAACUGAAAAGAAUUGUUUUAAAUAAGGGAAAUGCGAAAGUGAAGGAAAGUAAUGUAAGUUUGUUUAUUUACGUAUCAUCUCACAAACACAAUACAUACUGUACCUUUUUGAACUUUCUUUCCGUUUUUAUUAAGUCACUUUUUUUGAAAUCUAACAAAUUACUCUGGAAUUUGAUCCUAAACAGAAAAUGAAAAAAGUUAAGAAUGGAUUUUUUGUUUAUGAUAUUUAUAGUUACAUAUAUCUAUGUCAAUAUGUUUCAUUACUUAAUAAAAUUUUCUCUGUUUUUGCCAUACUUAAAGGCUUAAGACUUAUAUUUAAAAAGUUAACCUCUGUAAAUCUUUUAGGUCUGUGCAAAUAUUUUUUUUUAUGCGAAGCGAAUAUCAAAUCAAAUGUUUUAAUUAUUCGUAAAGUCGAAUCAAAUUGUGAAUCUUCGAAGCUGUAUAACAUUUGUUUUAUAUAAUGCAGGAAUGAAGUAAAAGAAUUUUUUUUUAUUGUUUGAACUGAUUAGGUGACUAACCAGUUGGGCCCUAUUUAUAACGGUAUUCAGUAAAAAUUAUAAAAUAACCAUGCAUAAUAUUUAUACUGCGCAUUCAUUAAAGCAAACGGAGUGCCACCUUUGAUUUUUUUUUUAAGUAGCCAACACUAUUGAAUCAAAAUGUAUAUAACAUAAAAAAAAAACCUUAAUGUUUUCAUGAGCGAAUCUUAGGUUUCCAAUGUUUCAAAGCAUUGCAACAAAUGCGAAGAUUCACAUUAGACAUAAAGCUAAGCUUUGCAUCACAACUGGAGCUUCAAAUAAAACGAAUAGCAGAUAUUCUGGCAAAAUCAAAUAGAAUAUUAAAAAAACAGCUUCGAUUGAUUCGCUUAGUCGAAGCGUUGCACAGGUCUUAUAUCUUCACACAAUAACAAAACAUGGCUACAUUAAAAAUAAGUAUAACUGCAGUACUACAGUAUGAAAGUUUAGUCUAAAGUAAAACUACUGUUUCAGGAUACUGUAGCUUAAAGUUAAAUGUUUAGUAUUUAAUAUGCUAUAAAUUGCUAAGCAUUGUGAAAAUUAAAUGUCUUCCCUGUCAGCACUGAAAAGGGUGAUUUUCUUAGCACCAAAUUAAAACAAAUACCAAAAGAGGUAGAGGAAAAGUGCAGUUCAGGGAAUGCUACAUUAUUGCAUUACAUUAUAAUAUUAUAAACAAAGGGUUUGUUUCAGGCAGCAAUAUAUAAGAGUGAUUUAAAUUAUCGUAAAAUUGAGGUUCUACUGUAUUUCUAACAACAUUUUAUUGUGAGACUGGAUUCAUUGUUUUCUGCAUUGAAAAAAGACAAAAAAAUUAAUAUAAAUAUAUUGGCAUUGUCAUAAUUAACUUGUGUAUGUAACAACUAAAUGAUUUUUUAUUUGUUAGUCUGGGUAUUAGAUACUACAUAUUCGUUAUUUUAAAUUUGUUGUUGAAUGUUUAUUAAAAAGUAAACAUUUUAAAAAUUUGCAGUGUAAUAUAAUUAUUUUUAUUGAAUUUAUGUUAUGGUGUUUAUUUUGUUGUUAUUUUUGUAUAGCUUUAAAACUGGAAGAUCAAAAAUUCUAACUAAAAUGUGUAAUGUUAAGACUGUAUUUAUGUAGAUGUAAUGGUUAUUGGUAGUGGUUGUAAGCGCAUUCCUAUUUUUGGUUAAUGGUGAUAUCUCCAUGCCAAGCUGGAUUUUAGUAGUAGUUUUAAUAUUUCUGUGAAUUUUAAUUUGCAGUUUUUAAUCAUUCAAAAAGAUUAUGAGUAAUACUAGUAUUAAUAUUAUCAUAUGUAUUCAUAUAUCUACAAAUGUUGCUUCCCAAGGAAACUGCCUAAAUCAAAAUUAAAACGUUGAUAGACUCACAAGUAUUUAAGUGUAGUUGAAUUAAGCUAUGUUCACUACAUGAACUGAAUAACCAGAACUACGUCACCACAGCCUAGGUACACUCAUAGAGACACCAUCUUCAGAACAGCAGCUUCAUAAUGGAAGCAUAUGUGUCAAUCCGCACUGUAGCAUAGGACUCAAUAAGGUGAUUCUGAUGAGAGAAGACAAAGUCAUUGCAGGAUAACCUGCUUAUGUGAGAUUAACUGUUACGGAAAAAGUGGCAUAUGAAGCCAAGUCAGCAGAUUUUAUGAGUAGAAACAAGAUUUUAUGGUUUUAUUUUGUUUCUAAAAGAGAAUGUUUCGGUGUUAUUGUUUUUAUUUGUAUAAAAGAUGUUUUUAAUACCUAUUCCACCAAAAUAGUGGUCAAAAUUACAUGCUGCAUUUUUACGAUGAAUUAAUCUGUAUUAAAUUGGUCUAAAACAGAUACAUUCAGAACAUUAAAAAUAAAUUAGCGAACAUUUGGUCGUUUCUAUGUGAUUCAAUGAGAGAUUUACAAUAAAAAAAUUCAAUUAAUUUUUUUUGAUCCAUGUCCUUUGGUACAAUUUUUUGUUGGGGGAAAAGACAUUCCUUGAAUUUCAAACAUUAAAAGAAUACUUUUUUAUGAUUUGAAUUAAGUUUUGGUUUAAUACUACUUAAUUCCAUGAUACAUAACUAGCAUUUCAGUGCUAUAUGGUGUAUACCUCGCAUUUUGGUGUUAUGUGGUUUUUUUGACAUGCUUUUCGGAGUUAUUUUGGUUUUAACGCAGCUCGCCAUAUAAUCUUGUCCCUAGUUAAUUGGGCCUGAGUUUGUAGUGAAACCAGCUGUUGCAGGGAAACCAGUUGAUGUAAUUGAACCGGCUUACAAAAAAGAGCAGAUGAAGACACACCUCCCUGAUUCAUGGUGCUAGUUAAUGGCCAAAAGAAAUGUUCUACACAUUAAGCUGCAUCUGGCUGUUUUCGUAACAGCAUGGGUAGGCUCUUCAGUUUCCCAAAAAAUUUUAGAACGUAUUUAAAAAAGUCUUGUUUGCCAAUAAACAUGGAAAAUAAACUUUGGUUAGCAUCAGCAGGUCUAAAGUUAGCACGUUCUCCAAGUUGGAACCAUCUAAACUUCAGAGUUUUGACUCCAAUAUUACAGUUUACCCAAUGAUCCACAGAAGAAAAUUUGUGCUAGCAGAAUGUCAAUGGGACCAGGUUUCUCAAAGUGAGGGUCUGCUAACGGUAUGGAACCAAUCUGUGAUCGCACGCUAGGAUAUAAUGCUGCAUGAGGUAGCCUCUAGCGAUUUGUGACUCCACAAAAAAUUUAGUGGCUCAAAACACAUUGAGUUUGACUGAAUUUUGUAAAAAAUUAUUUUAAACAGACAGUGUCUCUUAACAAACUGGUAACUCUUUCAGUAAACUUUUGGUUGGCUGCCAACACUGUAGUAGAGGCUUAAAAAAUAAAAUGAGCUUGAGUUACACAAUCAAGUAGGCCAUCACAUCGCAUGAUUUUCACCUUCGGCACCAUAAACAUAGAUCAGGGCUGUUACCAAAAGGACUACAGCUAAAUCUCAUUUGUAAAAAAACCUAUUAACACAAAGUUUUUACACAAUCCCAAAAAAAUUACAUACGAGCUAAAAUGCUAAGAAGUUUGUUUAGUACAAAGUAUGAUUAUUAUCUAAUACAAAGUUGAUUUUGUCUCUUGGGGAAACAACUAUUUGAAUUAAAGAAAAGUUAAUACAAACAUCACAAAAUUAUGACAAGAACAAAAUUAUGAUACAAUCAAAAUUAUAUUGAUGCCAUCACGUAAGUUCAGAUGGGAAAACUGUUUAAAAAGUAUAUAUUCAUCCAAAUUUGUGGUAUGUCAUCUUGUAGGUAAUGUAUGAGACUUGUUGCUUUCUGCUGUUAUAAAUGUCUGUCAGUGAAAAAAUAUUGUUACAAGUGUCAAAAUGACUGUUUUGGAAAAAUUUGUAUCAUGGUACAUUUAAUUGUCAUAUUUGUUUUAAUGAACAGAUUUCAUAAAAGAUAAUACAUACCAAUAGCACCGAAAUAUCCUGUUUUUAAAAAUGAAAUUGGCUUGAAAAUAAAACCAUAAAAUCUUGCCUCUACUAAUACGGCAUGGCCAUAUUUCUGAACGUGCAGGGUUUAAGACUUCAUUCUAACUAUAUUUCUUUACAAAGUUGAAUUUGGAUUUAUCCCAACUGGUGGUGUGAUUGAUAGAUAAGAUCUUCCAUAGACUACUUAGAAUAUAGACUUGUGCCAGAAAUUGUUGUUUAAUUGCUGUAGUUCCCAGCGUACAAGGCAUCAUGGCAUAUUGGACAAGGUCACCUUUUAAGAAAUGAACCUUGCUUGUCCACAUACCAUCCUAAAUAAAUUAGAUGGUGUUUUAUGAGGAAUUACCUAUGCAAGUGUAGAGAAGGUGUGUGAGAAGCGUAUUGUUCUCUCUUGAUAAAAAUUAACUUGACAGUUGUGAUGGAUGAGAAAGGAGGAUGGAGGGGGUGAGAUGUUUGUAUUUCCUCAUUGCACCCUAGCACAAGGCUGGGGGAAGGGUGGUUGCAUGAAAUUACUAACCAGCAGUUUAUAAACAAAUUAGGGACAUCUGUUUUAACUGCAGAGCUUUUAAAUUCAGCAGGGGGAAAAAAACUGACUGUAACAUAAAGUCAAGCAUGACAGAUACAGAACACCAACUCAUGGUGGAGCUUGUACAAAUUUUCUAAAAUAGCUAUUCCCCUACCUCUUUUUUGUAACAGCAGCAUAAGUACCGCCGGUUGGGCGGACUUAUUGACGCAGUGACAUUUGUACCAUCAUGUCUUUUCAGUCUUGCAUAAAAUUAUUGUUUUAUACGUUUGAAAAUACAAUAAUUCUCUGACCUAUAGCUUGUAUGCCAUUAGCUUGUUGUUAAUUUUCAAGGUUUUGCCAGUAAACUGUCUUCCAAUUUUUUUUUCUUCAUCAAUAUAUUAAUAGUUUUAAUGAAGUUAAUGUUUUUUAUUACAAGAGCUGGGUAGGUGCUGAUUAUAAUCAUCAGAUAUUAUAUUGUACUGAUUACAGAAAUUUUAUAUUGGCAGCACAACACCAAUAUUAAAAACUAUUUCAGUUAGUGGUCACUUAUUUAACUUACUAAGUGGCACUUAAAUUUUCGUUUUUCAAAAAUGUGGUUAUGUAAAACAAAACAAAAAACCUGUUGUUAAGUACAGGCUCUCACUAUAAGCAUUAGUAUCAUGUAUAUCUUGAAAAUAUUUGGUUUUGAUUUUAAAUAAGAAAAUCAAUCACUAUCACUUAUUUUUCCAAAAGCAAUUUUUAAUUAUGAACCGGUGAGUUUGUUACUCAGUAAAACUCAUCCUUUUUAUUAAGAUUGGUACUUCAAAUCUUAAAUUGAAUGUUCAUUGUAAUAGUUUAUUAAACCUUAAAUAUUAGACAGUUGGUCUUGGUUUUUAUUCUGUAUUUAAAAUGUCUGGUUGAUUUCAGUAUUCUGUUUACAUUAAUUGUGUUGUUUAUUCAGGGUACUUAAAAAUAUUUUGAUGUAUGCAAUAAAUUACAUAUGCUGUCAUGUGACUAAAGUAUAUCUAUUGGUUAAUAAAUGAAGGAAAGUCAUUAAGAAAGUCACAAAAAAAUAUUUUAAAAGGUAACCUACUGUGUUAAUCGCUUGAAAACUUAUUUUUUUUUGUCGACAAACUCCACCAAUAUUUAUGCACUCAUCCCAUUAUUUUGUCAGUUCCCUAAUAUCAGCUGCAUACAAAUUUUUUGGUUCGCUGUCUCAGCCAUAUUAGGACAUGCUGCUGUUCUAUCGUACAAUUAUAGAAUAAAGUUGUCAUUUUUAAACUAAAUGAUGCAUGCUUGCAAAUGCUAUUUAAUAAAUAAAUGAAUAUCAUAAAGCUGUAUGAUUCUGCCAUAUAUUAAUGUUCUUGGAAAAUACUUUAAGAUAAGUCCUAUCAAUUUGUGACCUACUUAAUGAAUUUUUCUCAUAGCUUUAUGCAUCUCUGAAUAUGCUUAAGAAAUAAUUUUUAAUGAUUUAGUACAUUAACAAUAUCAGUUUCAUAUAAAUAUCACUAGUUAGAAUCAUAAUUUGAACAACAUUAUUGGCUGUUUUACAUUGUUUUUUGAAAAUAUGUUAACAAUUUUAACUUGCAGCAUAGGAAAUUGAUAGACUAAUCAGAAUAGUGGGUAAACAAACAACUUUUAUGGAACUACUGAAUAGGUAUUACAUGUCAUAUGUGUUUGAGCUUGUAUGUGAGAGUACUAUUUAAAAAAAUCUUUAAUCAUCCUGUAGAAAAUUGGUAAGAUCUGUAUCAAGUAAUCAGCAUAGACAUGACUGGUAAUAAAGGUGAAUGGCCCAGAUAUAGUUAAUUUACACCAGUUUUUACGUAUUGCACUACUGGACAAAUCAUUCAAAACUUAAAACAUUUAUUGACCACUGCCUGUAUUUUUUGUUCCUGUCCACAGUAUUUAAUUUUGGUGUGAUUUCCUAACCUGUUUCUCUAAUGGAAAUGUUUUGUAUCAACCUUCAGAGGAACUUUGUUUAAUUCUGCAAGCUGUGAAUGUGUUUGUGGAAAUAUAGAUACAUCUAUUUUUUGACAAA